CCGAGACUGACUCCGUCACUGGGGAUGUCAUUGCUUUCGUGCUGAAACUUAACAGCUGCUGCACAAUUCCCUUCAGGGAAUGUUUCUCAAGUAUUCUUUCAGAUCCUUCAAAGAGUCGGGUCGCCUGUCUGAUAACAGAUGCAGUCCUAUACUUCACUCAAGCUGUUGCGGACGAGUUUAACAUCCGAAGGUUGGCUCUGCGGACAUCCAGCAUCUGCUCUUUUCUUGCCUUUGCUGCCCUUCCGCUUCUCCGUGAAAAAUGUUACAUUCCUCUACAAGGCAUUUGCAGAAUCUCAACUAGAAGAGCCCAUUCCUGAGCUCGCACCAUGCAAGAUCAAGGACAUCCACAUGAUCAAGACGGGAAACCCAGAUGACAUCUUCAGGUUCAUAACCAGCAUGGUCAGAGGAACCAAGGCCUCUUCAGGAGUUAUCUGGAACACAUUCGAAGACCUCGAACGGACCAAGCUAGCAGAGUUUUCCCAGGAAUUCCAAGUUCCUGUUUUCCCAAUAGUACCAUUCCACAAGUACUGCCCUGCCUUCUCCAGUAGCUUACUAGAACCUGACGAAAGCUCGCUUUCGUGGCUUGACAAGCAAGCCACCAACUCCGUCAUUUGCGUAAGCUUUGGUAGUCUUGCAGUGAUUAAUGAGAAGGAGUUCCGGGAGAUAGGUUGGGGGCUUGUCAAUAGCAAGCAGCCAUUUCUGUGGGUGGUCCACCCUGGGCUGGUCCCAGGGGCACAACGGCUUGACCCGCUUCUUGAAGGAUUCCUCCAGAUGGCUGGGGAGAGGGGGCGUGUGGUCAAGUGGGCCCCGCAGCAGGCAGUCCUGGCCCACCGAGCCACGGGUGGGUUCUGGACGCAUGGGGGGUGGAACUCGACACUGGAGAGCAUCUGUGAGGGGCUUGCAAUGAUCUGCCAGCCGGUCUUCGGGGACCAGAGGGUGAACACGAGAUACGUGAGCGACGUGUGGAGGGUUGGGAUCCACUUGGAGAAUCGUAUCGAGAGGGGAGAGAUCGAGAGGGCGAUCAGGAGGCUGAUGGCAGGUGAAGAAGGGGAGGAGAUGAGAGGGAGGAUCUGGAGUCUCAAGGAGAAGGGAGAGGCUUGUCUUCGACCCGGAGGAGUAUCAUACAAGUCCCUUGAAAGACUGGCUAGUUACAUAUCAGAAGUCUUGAGUAAUUAAUUGCUGAGUUCAAGUGCUGGUGGUGAAGUUCUGUUCGAGGUUUGAUUAGAUUAUAGUGUUAUUCCUGUUUGUCAUAGAAAUUGAUAUGCCGGUGUCGGCCGCUUAUGCUGAAGUUACGAAUGGAAGUGUCGAGAGUCGAACUUAUGCAUGUUCGUGUAGACACAAUCAUUUAAUUCGAAUGAAGCAAUUAGGAAUAUAAUGAUGUAACAGGAACUGCGUGCCUUGAAGGUCGAUGCAUGCCGUGUAAACAUCCUGAUCCCAGGACAAAUGAAAAGAUCUUCAGUUUAGGCA